UUUCCUAUACAUUUCCGUACUUUUUUCUUUCAAUCAAAGGUACGUUUUCUUCAAACAGAGCAAGUACUACGCAUUACUGUGUCUUUUUACUUACAAUCCUUGUUUUGUUCUCUUUCCUAUACUUUUCUGUGUAUUUCUUAGAUCAAAGAUGAGACCAGAAACUCGCGAGAUCAUUGAGAUGCAGCUGCUCCCGGCUAUGAAGUUGGUUAAGGAAAGGCUCGAGAGGGAAGUAGAGAAACAAAGCAUGGAUGAGUUUAUGUUCUGCUUCGAAAACUGCUACACUGAGAAGGAAACUGAGAUGCACGUGACCCGCAAGUUCCCUUCUUUAAAACAAUCGGAUGUGGGAAUUGGCUUUCAGACGUUUAUAGGCUUGAUCGAUAAAGAGUCCUCAAGAGAGGCGUAUCUCAAGGAUGCUGAAGAUUGUGCUAAUGUAAGAAGGAUAGAGGCACGUCAAGGUGAGGCCAGUACAUCUCACAAAUGUGAACCUAACUGCAACAAACAUUAAAUUAAUACUAUGAUCAAAGGAUACGUUUUCUAGAUCUAUAUACAACAAAUAAGAGUGGGUAUUGUGUUCCUUAUACAACAAAAACCACGUUUAUGUUUUCCCUUUGUUUAUAGGAGUUGUACUCCCUUUAAGUUCCCUUUGUUUAGGAACUGGUCUUUGUGAUUCCAAAAUAAAAAAUAGUAUUAUGAAAAACAAUAAAUAAAUUUUAUCUAUU